AUGGAGCGAGUGAUCGACGAGCUCGAGAUGAUAUCGUCUCCGUUGGCCGAGUCGGAAGACUCUUUGAUAUCCGAAAUGUCGACGAGACAUGACGUGGCAAGAUCCUCGUGGCUGGAAUUGAGAGGAACCAGAAGGCGUCUGGAGGAUGGCAAUGAGAGCGAUUUCGAGGAUGAUGAUGAGAUUUACGGGCCGCCUCCGCUUCCCGAAAGAGACUAUUCCAGGUUGAAAUUGUCAAGAAAGAGCCACGGAUAUGUGAAUGUUUCAGACUCCGACCCCUUGUGUACCGAAAACGUGGCGAGGAGUUUGCGAUGCGACGCUCGAAAUCCUACGAAAGACCGGGCCGCCCGCGCACUCCCGAGAAGAAGUGGACGCGAAAUGCGAGAAACCUGGUGAAUAAGGCAAAGGAAAUCAAUCCGGUGUACGCGACUCCGAUUCGGAAGAAAGUUCCGGCGAAAGUCCAACCGCCGAUCAUCGAAGAGUUUGUGGAAGAAGUGCCCAGGUACGUGCGGCCGCUCAGGACCGCUCCGGAAGAAGUGCCCGUGAUCGACCUGAGCACGGAAGUGGAGUUCUCCUCAAAAGUGCCCGACAAACCGAGGGAAUUCAAACGCGAGGACUCGCUCACUUCGCUUCUUAAACGGCAGCUGUCCUCGAAAAAAGAGAGGCUCCUUCCCGAAUACGUGGAGCCGAAGGACCCGAUCAUCAAAGAGCUGCAGGAGUUUCUGAAGAUCGCGCCGAAGCCGGAGAGCCAGACGGAAACGGCGUCGACCGGAGAGAGCUCCUCUUCGACGAGGUCCACUUCCACAACUUCCACGGUCAUUCAGAAGGAUAUCAGCUCGGUAGGCGACUUUUAUUAAAGUCUCAAACAAAAGCGUUAUUCAGGAGGAGAAAGAGGGUGUUCAAGUUGCCGUCCCAAAAGAGAAAGCGGUGCAGGCGGACGAGCACAGAUUGAUUGUACGGGGCUGGCAGGCGCUGCUCAAGUCUUCCUCCUCGUCCACCACGUCUUCCACUUCUUCUACCACUGUCUAG